AUGAUAGUUUGGAUCCGAUUCCCUUGCUUACCAGCAGAGUACUAUGACCAUAAUUUCUUAAUGAGAGUCGGGGCAAAAGUUGGACGACCAAUCAAUAUUGACACUGCUACUAGCCUUGUUUCAAGGGCUAGCUUUGCAAGAGUAUGUGUUGAAGUUGAUAUUACAAAGCCUUUGUUGGCGAAAUUCACGUUAAAGAACAGAGUCCGACCAGUUGUUUACGAAGGGUUACACCUUAUCUGCUUCAAAUGUGGUAUGUAUGGGCAUAAUGCGGAGAAUUGCCAUUUGAGUCGUGAUGGUGAAGCCAGCCCAGCGCCGGCGAGUGAUGAUGGACAGCCGGCAACCACCCCCGGCACUAGCAACGGUCAGAAAGGUGACGCAAAUGGUAAGGUUGUAUCAAAUAUGGAAACCGCGUUAAUCAGGCCGGAGAUUACGGAGGAUUAUGGAACAUGGAUGUUAGCCCCUAAACAGAAAAGGAAUUACGCUAAACAUCAGGGUAACAGAUACAAUGGUGAGAAGGAAAAUGGUAAGAAGAAUCAACAGGGUGCUGAGAAAGGAAAAGCUCCUACUGUGCAAUCCGGGUCGAGAUUUGUUAGCCUUGAGGAUACAUCUGCCGUGGAGGAGGACCAGGAUACUGAGGAAUUAACGGGUGGACAGAUGGGGAAUCAAAGUCACACAAAGGGAACAAAACAAUCGGCCCAAGCAAAAGGGAAAAGCCCUACAGCCCAAGUCUCUCAGAAACAGAUAAUGGGAAACAACCAGCAUGGGUUACACAGGCGGCAGCCCGAAAUCGGGGAGUCAAGUAAGAAAAGAAAUAACAAUAACCAAUUAAGGGAAGCCUCAAGAAACCAAGCAGGAGCUGCUUCAGAUCAUACUUUAGUGUUGGGUGAUAAAACAGGGGCUAAGUCAGUGACAGUUGUUGAUACAGAGAACGAAGACUAA